AUGGACAAGAAAGAGAACUCAGAGCUUCACGCCACCUCUACCUCCACCUGCUGUGUAGAGCUUCACGCCACCUCCACCUGCUGUGGAGAGCUUCACGUCACCUCUACCUCUACCUGCUGUGUAGAGUUUCACGCCACCUCCACCUGCUGUGUAGAGCUUCACGCCACCUCCACCUGCUGUGUAGAGCUUCACGCCACCUCCACCUGCUGUGUAGAGGUUCAGCUCCUGCUGUGUAGAGCUCACGCCACUUCCACCUGCUGUGCAGAGCUUCACAUCACCUCUACCUCUACCUGCUGUGCAGAGCUUCACGCCACCACCCACUAUGUGCUUCACGCCACCUCCACCUGCUGUGUAGAGCUUCACGUCACCUCUACCUCCACCUGCUGUGUAGAGCUUCACGCCUUCUACCUCCACCUGCUGUGUAGAGCUGCCACCUUACCUCCACCUGCUGUAGAGCUUCACGUCACCUCCACCUGCUGUGUAGAGCUUCACGUCACCUCCACCUGCUGUGUAGAGCUUCGCGCCACCUCCACCUGCUGUUUAGAGCCACGCCACCUCCACCUGCUGUGUAGAGCUCACGUCUACCUCCACCUGCUGUGUAGAGCCACGCCACCUCCAUCUGCUGUGUAG